AUGGUAGACGAGAUCAAACCGGGUCAAACGGUGGGCAAUAUAUGUCAUGCCCUCUGGCCCAAAUCUAGUAUUGCCUUCUCUCUCAUUGUAGUGACAUCCUCGCGCUUCCAGCGCUUCAACGAAUACUUCUCCAUCACAAAAAAUGGCAGUAUAAUUGCACAAAAGUCCGUUGACCGUGACAAUAUCAACGAUAUAUGCGGACCGCUGGAUUGCUGUCAGUCAGCCAUCUGCAUCAUCCAUGCAAGGGUCAUGUUUAUAGUGGGACAGAGUGAGAAUCCGGUGAUGCGUUCACAUGACCAGGUGCUGGCGCACCUUCAGAUCCAUCUCACUGACAUUAACGACAACGCUCCAAGAUUUCCUUUGAAUUCCCAGGGUUAUCCUCACUUUACCAUUCGCAUCCAAGAAGGAGCCAAAUUCGCCCGUGAAAUGCUUCCAUCUGCAGUGGAUUUGGACAGCGCAGGCAACGGAGUGGUACAGUAUCGUAUCGAGGCAAACUCACCCUCAUCGGAUCUCUUUCAACUGACCUACGAAAAAGUUCUGAUCAAUCCGCCAAGUGAAUCGCAUGGAUGGAGACUAUCACCUCCUACUCUUAUUCAGCUACGUGAACUGGACUAUGAAGAUCCCGGUGACAGAGAAUUUGAACUGGUUGUUAUUGCAGUUGAUGGAGGUGAGCCUCCACUGACAGGGUCUCUCUCUGUCACUGUGGUCCUUAUGGACAUUAACGACAACGCCCCGGUGUUUGAGAAAACCAAUGUCUCUACCAUCGAAUUGGCUGAGAAUACGACAUAUUCUCCGGAUUCCGUAUACAAGUUCCUUGCCACAGAUAUGGAUUCAGCUGAUAAUGGUCUCAUAACCUACUCAUUGAGUCCUCUGAACGAACCGAUGGUAUUUGAGAAGUUUUCCAUCGACGGGCACUCAGGUGCGCUUUACUUGAACUCGAUUCUGGACUACGAGGUCUACAGUGAGAGACGCUUCACAGUGAUUGUUGUCGCCUCGGACAAUGGAACACCGAAACGCUCGGGCACCACCACUCUCACAGUUGUCACAAAAGACAUCAAUGAUAAUCUCCCAAGUCUGGUUGUUCAGGAGAACAUUACGGUCAUAGAGGGGCUCAACUACACCAAACCCGUUGUCAGAUUUUAUGUCAAGGAUGACGAUUACGUGUCAAGAGGGAAGGUAAAUGAUGGAUAUUGUUUCUAG